CACACGCACACCGCUAUUCGAUAAUACAACCUCAUCUAGCUUUACGACCUACGAACCUGCCAUCCCAAAUAUAAAGAUUCUACUUUAGCCACUACCGAGUCCGCCCGCCAUGUCCUCCAGACCUUUGAACCUGGGGGAUUUCCCUGGUGAGAUCCUGGAUCGUAUCCUUGAUUAUGUCGGAUACAAGGGAGCUGUUAACCUCUCAAGGACAUCGAAAGGUUUCCACAACACCCUGUAUAACGAAGAGACCGGUUACUGGAAACGCGAGGCCCAGAGGGUCUUCAAGACUCCUCACGUCGAUAGCCUUAUCAACAAGGUUCCUUGGCGGUACCUCUUCCGGGGUAUGGCUAAGGCCCGUGUGUAUACCUGGGGCCAGGAUACCGAUGGAAAACUCGGACAUGAUCGACCACUACCGGAUCGUUACAUGCGGUCUCCGUAUUCAGUGGCUAUAUCGUUCGAGAUAUUGGGGCUAAGAAACAAGUUUGUGGUGGACAUGGUUGCUGGAGGUUGGAGCACGAGCUUCCUCACCUCGGAUGGGCAUGUCUAUAUAUCUGGCCGCCUGGGCAGUGAGCAAGGCUCCACUGCUGAGAUCAGAUUCCCCGAGCCAAUUUUUCAACUCUCUGCCGGGCGUGGCCACCUUAUUGCACUGUCCAACAAGGGACGUGUAUAUACUUGCAUAAAUAAGUCACAGGGGGCGCAACGUGUAGACUUUUGUGUUACGGUCAAUGAUUCUGAUCCCGGGUAUCUGACACCCGAUAAUGUUGGGAAGGUUGCAGAAGAUAUAGGAUGGGUCAAGAAGGUUGUUGGGGGGUGGGACCGCUGUGCAGCACUGAUAUAUGGCAUUGGGAUCGUGGUCUGGGGACCUGCAGACACCGGUGAGUCCGAUACAGGGCGCUAUAGGCCCAACGUAAGGAUUAUAAAAGGCACCAACUACCUAGAGAACCCUCCGAAGGGUAUUCCAGCGGAGGCUCUUGCAGAAAUCCAAAAGCAUAAGAGUGUUGGACAGGUCGUAGACUUUGUUCUAGGAGAGGGAUACUUGGUUUUCAUCACUAUUACUGGGAAGGUCUUUGCAACGCUUGGAUUCGAUCAGGCGGCGCCUACUGAGCUUGUGCAUUUCUCCUCACCCAAAGGGCAGUAUGGUUACCUUAUUAAGAUACGCGAGGCGGCCUUCCCCCAU